AUGUUGUCAUUUCUCUCGUCGAAUCUAUCCAACGCCCGGCAGUCACUUGCCCAGGCACUUAACUUCGCGCUGGUGCUCUCUACUGCAUUCAUGAUGUGGAAAGGCCUCUCCGUGUUCACCGCAUCCUCCAGCCCUGUUGUAGUUGUUUUAUCCGGUAGCAUGGAACCGGCAUUCCAAAGAGGAGAUCUACUUUUCUUAUGGAAUCGAAGCCCGCGAGCUGAGCUAGGCGAGAUCGUCGUCUACAAUGUCCGGGGCAAGGACAUCCCCAUUGUGCAUCGCGUCGUGAGAACAUUCCCAGAAAUCGAAGGAAAGACGAAAAAAGUGAAGGAGAUUUCCGAGUCUUCACCGAUCCCCAAUAAUAUGCUUCUUACUAAGGGCGACAACAACAUUGCCGAUGAUGUUGAGCUGUACGCGCGAGGCCAGGACUAUCUCAAUCGCGAGGAAGAUAUUGUUGGCAGUGUACGGGGGUAUAUCCCCAUGGUGGGAUAUGUGACUAUUUUGCUCAGCGAGCACCCCUGGCUUAAGACAGCCCUCCUUGGAAUUAUGGGAUUGAUGGUCAUGUUACAAAGAGAGUAG